AUGGAGUUGGGAGGGGCCUUCACCAUCUUUCUGGCACUCUGCUUGUCUUGCCUGUUUAUCCUCAUUGCCUGGAAGAGGACCAGCAAGGGUGGGAAGCUGCCCCCUGGCCCUACACCAAUACCCUUUCUGGGAAACAUUCUGCAAGUCAGUACUGAAGCCACCUAUCAAUCUUUCAUGAAGCUCAGGGAGAAAUAUGGCUCAGUCUUCACCGUAUACAUGGGACCCCGACCAGUAGUUGUUUUAUGUGGUCAUGAAGCAGUGAAAGAGGCCCUUGUAGACAAGGCAGAUGACUUCAGUGGCCGUGGAGAACUGGCUUCAAUAGAGCGAAACUUCCAAGGUUAUGGUGUUGCUUUGGCUAACGGAGAACGAUGGAGGAUUCUCCGACGUUUCUCACUGACAAUUCUUCGGGACUUCGGAAUGGGAAAGAGAAGCAUUGAGGAGAGGAUCCAAGAAGAGGCUGGCUUCUUAUUAGAGGAAUUCCGAAAGACUAAAGGUAACCCCAUCGAACCCACUUUCUUCCUAAGCCGCACCGUCUCCAAUGUCAUCAGUUCUGUUGUCUUUGGGAGUCGCUUUGACUAUGAGGACAAGCAGUUCCUGAAGCUGCUGAAGAUGAUCAAUGAGAGUUUUAUGGAGAUGAGCACGUCCUGGGCACAGCUAUAUGACAUGUAUUCUGGAGUCAUGCAAUAUUUGCCAGGAAGACAUAAUCGUGUUUACUACUUAAUUGAGGAUCUCAAGGAUUUCAUUGCCCAAAAAGUCAAAACCAAUGAAGCAUCCCUUGAUCCGCAAAACCCUCGAGACUUCAUUGACUGCUUUCUCGUCAAAAUGCAUCAGGACAAAAAUAAUCCCCAGACAGAAUUCAAUCUCAAGAACUUGGUUCUCACCACUCUCAACCUCUUCUUUGCUGGCACGGAGACUGUGAGUUCUACACUGCGCUAUGGAAUGCUACUGCUGAUGAAGCAUCCAGAGGUGGAAGCCAAGAUCCAUGAAGAGAUUGACCAAGUGAUUGGGCCACACCGGAUCCCAAGUGUGGAGGACCGGGUCAAGAUGCCCUACACGGAUGCUGUGAUUCACGAGAUACAGAGGCUAACAGAUAUUGUGCCCAUGGGUGUCCCUCACAACGUCAUUCGAGAUACCGAAUUUCGAGGCUACCUUCUGCCCAAGGGUACAGACGUGUUCCCCCUGCUUGGCUCAGCCCUCAAAGAUCCCAAGUAUUUCCGUUACCCAGAUGCCUUCUAUCCUGAGCAUUUCCUGGAUGAGAAGGGCCAUUUCAAGAAGAAUGAAGCCUUUGUACCCUUUGCCUCUGGAAAGCGUGUCUGCCUUGGGGAGGCCAUGGCCAGAAUGGAACUCUUUAUCUACUUCACCUCCAUCCUUCAGAACUUCUCCCUGCGCUCUCUGGUGCCACCUGCUGAAAUUAAUAUCACACCAAAGCUCUCAGGCUUUGGCAACAUACCUCCCACCUAUGAGCUCUGCCUCCUGGCCCGCUAAGCACCCUCUCCUGGGAGCUGUGGGAAGCAGUGGAGAACAAAUUUCAGUUUCCCUGUAGCAGAGCACCCACCCAUCUCUCCCUGCAUCGUCUCACAGCCCCAAGAGAAGGCACUAUUUCUACUUUCGUGGAACCACCAAUCUGAGAGGGUCACUGAAAAUAGGAAGCUCUGUGUUGUCUCUAUGCAGGAGGAAAGCAAUGUCUAUCCUAGAUACCUACAACAGCCCGCAGAUUCUAUGUUCCCUUAAUCAUGAUCACCUCCGCUUAUUCUUGUAGAGUUCAUGUUCAUAUCUUGUUCCUUUAUCUUUGUCUUAAUCAUGACCAAAAUGAGGGUCACUAGCCAUUCUUCUGAUUUUCAUAGCCAACACCACCAAAUGCCAACAGGACCAAACUCAAACUAAAGAUUAUUGAGUGUAAUAAAUUUCUUAGUGUAUG